AUGGGCCAGUCGCCCAGUAUUCAAACGCUUGACUACUCGGCAUAUGACCAGAAACCGCGGCAAAGGACUGGUCACUAUAACCGCUCUCCUUCCUGUUCUACCCGAACGUCAAGAGCUAUUGAUGUUGGAGACAUAGGUCUUCUCACCAGCGCACAGACGCUUCGGGAUCCUCAACAUAGAAGUCGUGAUGUCCGCUCGCGUAUGCGUCAUGAAGAGAACGACAGCGACUAUGCGUUCUUCUGUAUGUUUUGCGAUCGGUCUUUCGGUAGCAACCUCGAGCUGGAACAACAUCUUUUGGUACACGAUCCUGCAUAUCCAUUCAUAAACGAAACCACUCCAAGACCGAACAGACUUCGCGCAGCUUCAAUGUACUCUGCACGUGUCCGCAACCACACACCUCAGUCAACCGAACCAUGUCGUGUAUGCAAUAAAGCUUUAACGCGCGAGAGACUUUUAGCUCAUUGGCUGCUCGCCGAAGCCCACCGGAACGUCCGAGGCAUCUCUGACCUCCAGCAAACGAUUGACAGACCCGAUUUAUGGUGUGCAUUAUGUCAGACUCGUUUUACUCAUACAGACAGGAAACGGAAGCAUAUGGAAGAAAUGAACGCACACAACUUACAUUAUCGCGAACUGCAAUCCCAGGCUUUACGUGAUCCGAAUUUUGACAGGUCAAUUCUCGAGGUUCCACGAAUCACACCUCCGUCUUCACCUCCCCUGCCCUCACGGAACGUGUCGCAAAAUCAUAGUCUCCGCGCAACCUCGAUGUAUUGCACACGUGUCCCCAGUCCCACGCCUCAUCCACCGUCUGAGCCAUGUCAGGUGUGCAAUAAACCUCAUUGGUUACUCGCUGAAUGUCACCGGAACGUCCGCGGUGCCUCGGACCUUCAGCAAACGACCGACAGACCUGAGUUAUGGUGUGCACUAUGUCGAACGCGCUUUACACAUUCGGAUAGGAAGCGGAAGGUAUAUUCUCUCUGGAUAUAG